GAAAUGGGAAAAACCGAGGCUGAAACAAAUAAUUAUUAUAAGAAUAUGUACAUAAAAAUAAAACAUAUAAUAAAAUUCACCCAAAUUUGGGGGGUCGCUGUGCAUCAUUACCAUAUUAUAGUGUAGGUUCACUACAACGGUCUGGUGAAUUCAUAAUAAACGACCAUGGAUGCUAUUUUGAGCAUGAAACAUAGCAAAUAAUAGGAAACGAUGAGUUCCAACACUUGCUUCCACAUUUUCACUGUCGAAGAAACGAGCAAAGCAGUAAGAACUCAGCACGAAGCAACAGCUACUUGUCGGCGUAGAACAGUAAUUGGAAACAUAUCAAUCGAUCCAGCAACAGCACAUCCGGCCAUCCAGGGUUUUGGGGUUUUACCAUUUUGCGCAACCGCAGUGCAGAGUGCUUGUGGUCCUCAGCUUUGACUUAAUUAUUUAAGUGUAUGCCUAAGCUCCAUAAACAAAGACUAUCACAAUUAGUCGAUAAAAAAAAAGUUUUAAUAAGCCUGGGAAAUGUACGAUACUUCUGAAGAAAAUACUCACAAUGCUGAUUUGAAAUUGCCUUCAAAGGAACGACGAUCAAUUAGAAUUUUAUUAGCUAAAAAGGAGCCAACAAAGGAGAAAAACAAUGCUACACCAAAGAAACUGGUUUCAGUAAAGCGAGGUAGAACAGUCCAAAAACCUAAAAUAAAAAAAGCGAAACCAAAAAGUGCUAAAAUUGAUGAAAUAAAACAAGAACAUAAUUUAAAAUCAAAAAGAAAAUGUACCGAACAUCUAAUGUCUGGAGAUUUUGUUGUGCUUAAAACUGAUAUGACUCAUGAUGGUUACCCACUUUUAUGGAAAGUCAGUGGCCGAGUAAUGUUGCAAAAGUACUUACCUUUCGAACAAGAUGGUAAAACACUGUACAAAAACACCUGUCUUUAUUCUUACUGGAAUUCCAACAUAAAGGAGCUAUACUAUUCUGCUCCGGUAUCAUGCUUAAAGCAAACGAGUAAUGAACACAUAGUUGAAUUUCACAAAGAUAAAAUAGAAAGGAACCUGAAGUUGAUGUAAAAAAAAAUGCAGAAUAUUAAAGGAGAAAAAAAGAAAACUCAAGAUGAUGUGUAAUGUUACAUUUUUUUAUGGAGUUUAAAAAGUCAAUUAUCACACACAUAUUUUUUUUUUUAACAUUACGAUAAUUAUCUCUACGAGCACAUUCACAUUCUAUAUGGAUACAUACAUAUCCAAACAAGUUAAACUUGUGCGGGGCUUGGAGGUAUAUAACUCUUAUUAUGCAGCUCUACCAUAAUUGUACUCGAUCCCUCUGACGCCUUUUACCACACGUUAUUGAUUAUGGGUACCGUAAAUGUAGAAAUUAAUUUUUUUAACAUACACUAAAUACUAAUAAUUCAAAAAUGAUUUAUUCUUUUUAUUAUUCUACUUUUACUCUAAAACUACCUUUUUGAAUAACAUUUUUUAUUUGAGAAUUUCUUGCUAAA